UGUUGGCUACCUAUUCUUCCACAAUGGGGUAUGCUAAAGCGGUGGCUGCAGGUAUGGCGCCGAAAGCGGGUCUCGCCGCUUAUAAGGUGUGUUGGAAUUCAGGUUGCUAUGAUUCUGAUAUUCUGGCAGCGUUUGACGCCGCCGUUGUUGACGGAGUCGAUGUUAUUUCGCUCAGCGUGGGUGGUGUUGUCCUGCUGUAUUAUCUCGAUGCGAUUUCGAUUAGCGCUUUUGGUGCAAAUGAUCGAGGGAUUUUUGUAUCUGCUUUUGCCGGGAAUGGCGGUCCUGGUGGACUAAAGGUGACCAAUAUUGCUCCAUGGGUCACAACUGUCGGUGCUGGAACUAUUGAUAGAGAUUUCCCUACUGAUGUUAAGCUUGGGAAUGGAAAGACGGUGCCUGGAGUCUGUGUGUACUCCAGGAGUCAAAGAGGCUGACUUGUUUGCCCCAGUACAAGGUCAUGUGCAUCAUCUUCAACGUUGGUUCGGAGACGGACAGUGGGAGGAGCCAGGAAAAUGGAGAAGAGGUUGGUGCCACGUUGAAGCCAUGUUGGAGCCAGUUGGAUGUCAAA